UCUUUUAUCAUAGAUUUGUUAUUUACAAUACUCGACAAUGUAUAAACGUAAAUUUGAUGAGUUGGAAGAUAAUAAUAUUAAUAAACCACCAUUAAAAAAUUCAUUAGACUCAGAUGAAGAAGAUGAUGAAGUUAAUGAUGACAAUUAUAAUAUAAUGAGUGAUGAUGAAUUUGAAGGUGCUGAGGAUGGACCAAGUGCACCAGAAACGAAUGUGGGGUUUACAGCAUUUAAUAUGAAAGAAGAAUUAGAAGAAGGACAUUUUGAUAAGCAGGGCCAUUAUCUUUGGAAUAAAGAAAAAGAAAUUAGAGAUAAUUGGUUAGAUAACAUUGAUUGGAUGCAGAUCAAACCGAGUUCUACAGCAAGUGUAAAGAAGAAAAAUGAAAGCGGUAAAACACAUGGACUAGCAGAUAGCGAUAGUGAAGAUGAAGAUCCAGAUAUUAUGUUCAAUCCAAUUCCGAUGUAUAAACAAAUAUUGGAAUACUUACAACCUGGAGAAACUGUUUCUAAGGCUUUAUGCAGGCUUGGUAAAGGAAAAAAGAGUUUGACUACUGCAGAGAGAUGGAAGAGGAAACAGGAAAAAAAACCAAUAGAAGAUGAUCAAAAUUCUGUUAGUAUAACAAAAUUAACAGAAUUGGCAAAUGAAGUGCUAACUCGUACUGGAAAUAUGGAUAUAUAUCAAGAAAGUUAUGAGCAAAUAAAAAAAAAGGUUGAACAAGGGGAAAAGCAUGCUCAUCCUUCAAAGCAGGAAGCAGAAUUAGAUAUGUAUGCUGAUGACUUUGAUAUAAAAGAAAAAGCAAAAUUGGGUGGAAAUGAAAGUAAUGUUAAAGAAAUGGAUAAUUCUGAAGAUAAAGAGGAAGAAAUAUCAUGGGAAUUAAAGUGGUCACAAGAUGAAAAUGCAAAAAUUCAUGGUCCACAUACAAGUGAACAAAUGCAUGCAUGGGCAAAAGAAGGAUAUUUUAAGAGUGGAGCUUGGGUACGAAGAACGGGUCAACAUAAUCAGUUUUAUAAUGCUGCAAGAGUAGAUUUUGAACUUUACCUGUGAUGUUUUGUUUUGCUAUAAUCAUUUGAUAAGAGAACUAGUAAUUGUAAUUUUUUUUAUGAUAAAUUACUAAACUAGUGCUUUGAUUU